UAGAGAAAAGACAGCGAGUUUUUUUAUUAAAUAGGUUCUAAUACUAUAUUUUAGGCUUAAGCUUAAAGUAAAGUAUGAUUAUGAAUUCUUUAUAACAGAAUUUGUUUGAUUUGAAAAAACGUGUGAAUAAACAUGUCUAUUGAAAUCGAAUCCGCAGAUGUUGUCAGACUAAUCCAGCAGUACUUGAAGGAGCACAAUUUGAUGCGAACACUGCAAGUUUUACAGGAAGAAACUUCUAUUUCCCUCAACACAGUGGACAGUAUUGAUAGUUUUACACAGGAUAUCAACAAUGGUCAUUGGGACACUGUGCUAAAGGUUGUCCAGUCUCUAAAGUUGCCAGACAGAAAACUUAUUGAUCUAUAUGAACAGGUGGUGUUGGAACUAAUUGAACUUAGAGAACUGAAUGCAGCUCGGUCGUUACUGAGACAAACAGAUCCAAUGAUUAAGAUGAAACAAGAAGAACCAGAAAGAUAUAUUCAUCUAGAGAAUUUAUUAGCUCGUUCUUACUUUGAUCCUAGGGAGGCUUAUCCUGAUGGCAGUAACAAGGAGAGAAGAAGAGCAGCUAUUGCUCAGUCUCUGGCUGGUGAAGUUAGUGUUGUACCUCCUGCUCGUCUCCUAGCUUUGUUGGGACAGGCAUUAAAAUGGCAGCAACACCAAGGUCUUCUUCCUCCAGGCACAACCAUCGAUUUGUUUCGAGGUAAAGCUGCAAUCAAAGAACAAGAAGAGGAAAAGUAUCCCACACAGUUGUCCAAACAAAUCAAAUUUGGACAGAAAGCUCAUAUUGAAUGUGCUAGAUUUUCCCCAGAUGGUCAGUACCUAGUUACUGGAUCUGUAGAUGGGUUCAUUGAAGUGUGGAAUUUCACAACAGGAAAAAUCAGAAAAGAUUUGAAAUACCAAGCCCAGGAUAACUUCAUGAUGAUGGAUGAUGCAGUUUUAUGCUUAUGUUUUAGUAGAGACUCAGAGAUGUUAGCAACAGGGAGUCAGGAUGGUAAAAUCAAGGUGUGGAAAAUUCAAACUGGUCAAUGUCUUCGAAAGUUUGAACGUGCUCAUACUAAAGGUAUCACUUGUGUCAUGUUCUCUCGGGACAGCAGUCAGUUGCUUAGUGCCUCUUUUGACCAGACCAUCAGAAUCCAUGGACUGAAGUCAGGAAAGUUUUUGAAGGAGUUCCGAGGACAUACUUCUUUUGUAAAUGAGGUUGUUUUUACUACUGAUGGGCACAACAUUCUUAGCGCCAGCUCAGAUGGAACAGUAAAGCUGUGGAAUGUUAAGAGCACUGAGUGCAUAAACACAUUCAAGUCUCUUGGAGGUACCAGUGGCACUGACAUCACUGUUAACAGUGUCCACACUUUGCCAAAGAAUGCUGAACACUUUGUUGUUUGUAACCGUUCCAAUACAGUAUCUAUUAUGAAUAUGCAGGGACAGAUUGUGAGAAGUUUCUCCAGUGGUAAGCGAGAAGGUGGAGACUUUGUGUGCUCCACUAUCUCUCCUCGAGGAGAAUGGAUCUACUGUGUUGGUGAGGACUAUGUGCUAUACUGCUUUUCUACAUCUACAGGAAAGCUAGAGAGAACUUUAACUGUUCACGAGAAAGAAGUUAUUGGUAUUAGUCAUCAUCCACAUCAAAAUCUGAUUAGUACGUACAGUGAAGAUGGUCUUCUGAAGCUAUGGAAACCUUAAAAUAAGAUGCUAGCAGCUGAUAGGAUGAGUUCUAAAAACUCCUUUCUCAGUAACAUUAUAUCUACAUCUCAAUCUGUGGCUGCUUGACUGUUUUGCAGAAAAAGUAACUGUACAGUUGAACACAGACACACUUUUUUAAGUAUAGAACUUGUUUUGUUUUAAUGGUGUAUCAUUAAUAUCAUCGCAUUUGUUCCAUAAGUAGAAAAUGAUUAGAUUGUGAAUAUGUCAUUAUACUGUUUGUGGAAUUAGCAAUUUCUUAACAGCUGGACAAUAAAUUUCAUGUUUUGUGGAUUUA